AUGGGAGACAUUGGAAUAGACUCGCUGCCAUGCAUGCCUCCAAUGGCACCCCAGGCGUUGCCGUUGGGCAAAGCCAAUAUGUUUCCCUCUGAUGAUGCACAUUCCGUCAGCGUGUCUCUUCCAACCUGGGACUCGGUCAUUGGACUAUCACGAAAAGAAGACUGGGUGAUGGAGAAGCUGUCAUGUAGCUAUCCACGUUUUUACCUCAAUAAACAAAUCCGUGACCUUGUGGAUGCUGUAUUGCAACGACUUCAAAUCACCGACAAAAAUAUCGGUUGCAUGGUGUUCCACUCUCCCAAAGCUGGUCAAGGAUGCGCUUCCCUUCUCCGUGCAGAGUCUGUGGAAAAGCAAUUGGGACUGGAGUUGGUUCGAUUCUUUAUACCUACAGAGUCAAGCACUACAGAAGUUAGUGGGGCGCAUUGGGCCAAUUUCUCUGCUGUUGUUUUCCACAACGACCUGAGGAAGGCCGCCAUGGGCUAUUGGCGUGAUACGGGGGCAGGUCUUUCCACACGUCAUGCGUUAUUCUGUCUCGAACAACUCGACUACUUGGACUCCGACGCCGUGAACCCUGAAUUGCGGACUCCUGCACCCAAGAAAAUAGAAUCCCACGGCCAGCUGCCAGAGUAUUCGACUCGGAUGCAAAAUGCGGAAGCAAGCAAGCAAGAGAUUCAGACCUUCAUUGCACAGUUGGCGACUUCAGAGCGGCCAGGACAGCCUGCUGUGGCAUCUGGGGAUGUGUUUCUCUACCCCACUGGAAUGAAUGCAAUCUAUUCUCUGUCGGAGAGUUUGGUCUCGCUGGAGUCAGGCUCCCAGGUGGCGGCGUACGGAUGGCUCUACCCAGAAACCGUCGAGGUACUCCGACGAGGAGCGUGGAAGAACAUCCUGUCGUUUAAAGACGGGACAGAAAAAGAAUUGGAUCAGCUGGAGAGCAUGCUGCUAUCCGGCCAACGGAUUCACACUCUCUUGUGUGAGCUGCCCAGUAAUAUCAAACUCUCGUCACCAAAUCUGCACCGCAUCCGCGCUUUAGCGGAUCAAUAUGGCUUCAUUAUUGCCUGCGAUGACACUGUCGCUGGCUACGUCAAUAUAGAUGCACUCCCCUAUGUGGAUGUCAUGAUGUCGAGUUUGACCAAAACUUUCAGUGGAAGUUCCAAUGUGACUGGAGGAAGCCUGGUCAUCAACCCCAACUCCCGUUAUCGCGCUACUAUCCAUGCUGCUCUCUCCGCCAACUACGAGAACAUAUAUUUCCCUCUUGAUCUCGACACGCUCUUGCAUAACUGCCAAGACAUUGCCUGGCGGGUGAGGAAAUGCAAUCAGAACACACUCCCUCUUGUCAACUUAUUCGCAAAGCACCCCUCCAUUGCCCAAGUGAACCAUCCUUCCAUUGACUCAACCGCUCAUUUAUACACGAGUCUCAUUCGCAAAGACGGCGGCUAUGGUAACGUCCUCAGCAUUAUCUUCCACCGCCCCAGCAGUGCAGAGCACUUUUACAAUGUUCUAGACAUCUGCAAGGGGUCCAGCUUUGGUACCAAUUUUACGCUGGCCAUUCCCUAUGUCCAGCUAGCCAAUUACUGGAACCGUGACAAGGUGCCUAAAUACGGAGUGCCCCAGCAUAUUAUUCGGAUCAGUGUUGGGCUGGAAGACAGCGUGGAGCUGGUCCAGACCAUAUCCAAAGCUCUCGAUGAGAUUGUGAAACUUGAGUCUACAAGCGCUUGA